UUAAUUUCAAAAAGUGCAAAGCGAUAGCGAAACGAAAUAAACCAUUAUUGUUUCAUUGUAUCAUUGUAAACGAAAAGGAAGGAUAAAUCUUUUCAUCUUUUUUUCUACGACUACCGUUUGCAUCGCUACUUUUUCUAAAAAAUGCAGUAUUCUAUCUGCAUACUAACCCUCGCACUCUGCUUUUCACUCGCGCGGGCAUGGAUCGCUUAUGAUCCUUUGUCUUUAGAAAAUAAUACCAAUGCAAGUGCGACAAUUGCUAACUACCCAUUUUAUAUCCAAGCUUUUCCAUAUGACUUAAACUGCAUUGGAAACCUUUCUUUUAUUCAAAAUCCUCCUCCUGUUGACGGACAAGGAAUUAACUCGUAUAUGGAAAAUGUUAGCUCGAUUUUGACUGUUCCCGCAGAUAAUACCAGCGUGACGUGUAUGUACGUAGGAGACGACGAGCCUACUUGCUACUCUGGAGAUUCACCAACAUGCUUCAGCUUGUCAAAAAGCAUAAACAAAGUCAAUAUUCUCAUGAACGAUUCAUCCCAUGUAAUCAACAAUUCAUUAUCAGCCUUGUCGACCCAAACUUACUAUAUAAUAACCCCAAACUUGACAUAUGGUUAUUUGAAUUCAAGUGUGAAAGAUAAUAAAAAUGAAUCUUAUGUAGGAUACGAAAGCUACUUGUAUCCCUGUGAUGGGAAUCAAACUUGUAUGUUUGAUUACUUGAGAACGGAAAUAACCCCAGAAAAAAAUAGUUCUGGUUUUACAUAUCAUUGGGGCAAAGACAAACAUUUCAAACAUAAAGGAGAAUUUAUGGACUAUUUUGAAAAACAACAAGAAAACACUGCAAGACACACAAAUAUGUCUUUUAUCCCGCCAAACUUAAGACCGAUUUCUAAUAAACGGGUUGUGAACCAAACUGAGUUGGUACCAUCUUUAACCUCAACUAACAAAGCAAGUAGAUUGCUGUACAUUUGCUUAGCUUUUGGUUUGAUUAUGUUGAGUUUUCGGUGAUAAAGAGGGAACUAGUAGCUGGAGUUAAAAUAGAGUCAUUGUCGUUGAGAAGGUUGCAAAAGAUUUCGAAGGAUAUAAGCCAGAUGGCAUUGUAAAUUGUAAUCUUUUCAGCAAACACAUUCAUAGGAUUCUCACAGGUCGUGCUGCUUCUAAUGUUUUGAGUGGUACUUGUGAUGUGCUUGCGGUCAGGUAGGAGUUUUACGAUCCCUUCGAUAGACAAAUUAGAUUAUAAUGAAAUUGUAUGUCUUGUUCA